ACUGACGGGGGUGACGUGCGAUCAUCUGGAAAUUUUUUCACUCCGUCGAUCUUUGUAGGCGCACACAAUUGCGUACAUUUUUUCGUCUGGGUCGAACCUAAAAAUAUUAAGCUUUAAAUAUCCACAACCCGUAGUCGAAUGCAAAGAAAUGAGCAUAAAAAUCAGCGCAUGGAGUGUAAAUAAAGAUUCGGCUAGCUAGCGGGUUAGCCUAUCCAAUUAAGCUAGUUAGUGCGCUCAGCUAAUUAACUCUUCGUGUUUUGCUUCCUCAAAUGCAAAUGUUUGCACGAUAGUCGGUGUUUUUAAAAGCUCAGAUGGCUGUGUUCUGCCACCUGUCGCCGUGUGUUAGCUAAGGAUCCGGGUAGCUAAUGGACAGCGUUGCGGUAAAUCAGGGCACUGGGGCGGUUAGCUUAGCGAGACAGCUGAGGACAGCACGGAUGUCGUGGCAGGCUUGUUUGUCCCUCCGGGACUCUAGUUGGUAGUCAUCUUAGAUUAUAAAAACAGGGAUUGGGUAGGUAUAUUAGUAGGGUUAGAUCUUUAGUUUUGAGUGGGGCAUUGUUUCACAACCGGCCUCCGAUCCCAUCCAGUCUUCGGCCUGCUUUGACAGACAGAUCUAUUUGGGUUUCUGUUGGGUACUUUUCUGCCUCAUCGAUUUGAGUGUACCACAAGGCAUCCUAGUUUCCCCUCCUCCAGCACUUUCGAUUUAGUGCAGAAAGAGCCAAGGCCCUUGCUUCACAUCUAGGCCCAAUCAUCGGCUUUUCAUGCGUUAAAAAGACCUUGAUUGCAUGCCGCAUUUUUAAAUAACAUUACCCCCUAAUCACCAGUGCACCCAUCCCGGUCCUGUUCCUCUUUCGACACGCUUGCAAAAGGGAAGCGGAGAGUGGAGCUGUGUCAAGAUCAGGGUUGGGAUCUCUAAACGCUGCGGUGAUGACUCUGGAGUCCAUGAUGGCCUGUUGCAUGAGUGAAGAGGCGAAGGAGUCCAAAAGAAUCAACGCGGAGAUCGACAAACAGCUCCGGAGAGACAAACGAGAUGCGAGACGAGAGCUUAAACUCCUAUUAUUGGGCACAGGCGAGAGCGGCAAGAGCACGUUCAUCAAACAGAUGCGCAUCAUUCACGGAACUGGCUACACCGACGAGGACAAACGUGGCUUCACCAAACUUGUCUACCAGAACAUCUUUACCUCCAUGCAGGCCAUGAUCCGUGCCACUGAGCACCUCAAGAUCCCAUUCAAAUACGAAGAAAACAAGCCCAAUGCUCUGCUGGUGAGAGAGGUUGAUGUGGAGAAGGUUUGCUCAUUUGACCAGCCCUACAUCAAUGCAAUAAAGAUGCUUUGGGCGGAUCCAGGCAUCCAGGAAGCCUACGACCGCAGGCGAGAGUACCAGCUCUCCGACUCCACUAAAUAUUAUCUAAGUGAUUUGGAUCGUAUCGCAGAACCAUCAUAUCUGCCGACUCAGCAAGACGUUCUUAGGGUUCGCAUCCCAACCACAGGGAUUAUUGAAUAUCCCUUCGACUUGCAAAGCAUCAUUUUCAGGAUGGUGGAUGUUGGAGGGCAAAGAUCAGAGCGCAGGAAGUGGAUCCACUGCUUUGAGAAUGUCACAUCCAUUAUGUUCCUAGUUGCCCUGAGCGAAUACGACCAGGUCCUUGUUGAGUCUGACAAUGAGAAUCGAAUGGAGGAGAGCAAAGCGCUGUUUCGCACAAUCAUCACCUACCCCUGGUUCCAGAAUUCUUCAGUCAUACUAUUCCUCAACAAGAAGGACCUGCUGGAGGAGAAGAUCAUGUACUCUCACCUGGUGGACUAUUUCCCUGAAUUCGACGGUCCACAGAGGGAUGCCCAGGCAGGUCGCGAGUUCAUCCUGAAGAUGUUUGUAGACCUAAACCCUGACAGCGACAAGAUCAUCUACUCUCACUUCACUUGUGCUACAGACACCGAAAACAUCCGCUUUGUCUUUGCAGCGGUCAAGGAUACCAUCCUGCAGCACAACCUCAAAGAGUACAACCUGGUGUGAGAGUCAGAAAGAGAGAGAGACACCUGCAGCCCACACAUGGCCAAAAGCACUACACACCUAUGUAUUACACACAUGCACAAGAAUUGACAGCUUCACCCCAUUAGGCACUGGAUCUUUAUGUUCUUAGCCCUUUUUAUUUGCUUGUUUUUCUCUCUGGAUGAGUGUUGACACUUGGCGUACCACUCCAGUUAAAAGCUUUAUCAUCUUCUCUUCCUCAUUGGUCCUCAGUUAAACAUGAAGUCUGGGCCACUUAAGUGGUGCGUAAUGAGAGCGAGCAUUAAUCUGCUCUGUAGAUGGGCUGCAGGUGAGCUCUACCUGAGUGGAACUGAGGUACGAACUUUACGAAAACACUUUGGGUGGAGAUGCACGCAUCCAUAAUGAAGAGUGGCAAGAUUCUUGAAGGACAGACACCACAGGUCAUCCUGUGUGCUACAUUGAGUCUAAACUUCACCCUGUAUCACUGAAUUCAACCAGGUGUUAGUUUUGCCAACAGAUGCUAUGACACUAUUGGAGGUGGAGGCGAUUAGAUUUGAUGUAAUACUAUCUUAGGGGUGAUGUAUGGAGAUUCAAGUUUUUCCAUCACUACUGGAGUACUUUGAAAAGAGACUGUGCACCACAUGACUCUUUUCUGUAAUAUAAAUAAUGAGUAAUGUAAACCACACAAGUUUUCUAAAUGUAAUUUGAUUGUUUUUACAACUCUUAACCAAGCUUCUACUACCCGAAAUUGUUUGCGACAUUUGCCAUACUACCCAGAUCCUUGUAUUCACGAAACUGUUCUUUAUAGAGGCAAACAGUUUCCUUCAGUCUGAUAUUUGCCAGUAUUGAGGUAUAUAGUCAGUACAGUUAAAGGGAUAGAGCUAUUAUUCAAAGAUAUUUACGGAAGUUUGCGAAAAAUUGUGAUUUUGUUUACAUGCUUCGUCACAAAUAGUUUAAUGUUUGGUCUUUGACCAAAGAAAUCAAAAUAAAGGAUUUCCCAGCCUAUUCAUUCAAGUUUCUACACAGUAUAACAUGAAUAUUUGCGUGGAUUUUGUUUUCUGGAAUUUUCAUAGAUGUGGCCAGAAAAAUCCAGCGACUCAAAUGUUCGAAAAUCUGUUUGUUCCACGUAGGAUGUCACCUCUUUGGGCAACGCAGUACAACAAAAAAAGUGCUAAAUUGAGUGAAAUCAAUUUGAUUAUUUUGUUUUAAGUAAUUUAUGGACCAGAUAUAAUGUGGAUAAUUUGACUCACUUUUCCGUGUGACCGCACUACAAUGAAAGCGGGGAUUGAGUCUCUACUGCUGUAAAAAAAAACAUCCAUUGGCAAGUGAUCUACUUUUCUUUUGGUAUUUCGUAAUUGAUUGUCACAGCUCUGGUCUUUUUUGAAUAUUUGAAAUGCUUGAAAAUGGGAAGUUGAAUUUCCAUUUCAUGAACGUCGCUUUAUGCAAAUAGGAAAUUGAGAAUUUAUCAGUGGUUGAGUUCUUUAACUGGUCUCUGCUUGCUUUUUUGUAAUUUGAGAGUUUGCUCUCGGUUUCGUAGUACCAUAUCUUCAUUCUCACUUGAUGGAUUUCUUGGAUUCCAUAGCUAGUAUGUUUCAUAGCUGGCUUUUUUUGUCUUAAUGUAAUUCAGGUGAGUUUUCAUACUUUCAUUACAAGGGCUAAUUAUGGGCAGAGCUGACCGAAUGAAAGGACUCUAUGAAGACUAUAGAGCAAUAGGUAUGCCGAAGUGGGUAUCUGAAUCAGGGACAGUGUGGUGACGCCAGGGGAGUCAUGUGCCAUUGCCGUAGGUUCAUUUUGCAAAGCAUCCAGGGAACACCUUGAAAUUAAAGCUAUUUCUGGCUAUGUGAGCCCUCGCGAUCUUUGAUAUGGAUGGAGUCCUCUUAAGAAAACGUGUUUAUUCGUUAUAAUUUCAUAGAGUAAGUUAAUGCAUUUUGAUGGACUGCUUUCUCCAAAGUAUUAUCAGGUUAAUUCUGUAAAUUUAAGGGUUUAAGAUGAGGAUUAACUGCAUUUGUUGGUGGCGGUAAACGAUGUAUAUUUUAACAAAAGUGGUGCAGCACAUUUUUGCCAUGUAUGGUUUUGGGGCCACUAUGGUUGAAUGCAUUUCUGUUGAGGCCCAUUUACCAGUCAGUUUACGGCACACCCUACAUUUUACUGUUUUCCGCCAACUUGCGAUAGAGGAACAGCUCCUAUUUUGUCGUAUUGGCUUUGUAAUAUAUCGCAAGAUAAUAGUAGCUUAAUAAAAUGCAAAUCUACGUUGAACCUGAGAAGAUACAAAAUAUUUGAACCACAAUAGACACUUAUUGGCGAGUAAAAUUUCUCAAGCUUGUUUUACCCAUAAUUGAAUGUAUUUCACGAGGUUUCUCUAUUUGCGACAACUUAUUGGUUUUCAAAGUGUCGGUUCGGGGCACAACUUGCUUUCGAAGGUGCAGUUCGUACAUGUUUUCCCACAAACAUAGCUGUAUAUAUUUGCCAAUCGUUGCAUUUCUAAUUAAUAAUUACUUAAGAUUUCUUAACAUACACGGUAUAUAUUUGAACCAUUUUAGUGCAUUUUGCGUUUGUUUGCCAAAUUGUCAGAACAUCAAAUUCUUAACAACCCUCCCGUGCCAGGCCAGUUAAGCUGCCUUUUAUUUAUUUUUUCGUUUGUGUUUUGUUUCUCAAACAUCCAAAAUUUGCAUACAGUAAUGUUUUUGGGUAAAUUUUUGUACGCCAUAUUAAACUGUAUAUUUAUUUGGAUGGGAUGGUACUGUCAUUUGCAAAUUUGCCAAUUUCGAACUCUAAUGUAAUUAAAAGUAGAGGUCCUGCAAAUUAUGACAGCGUUUUUGGACGUGUGGAUGUUUGAAGCUUGUACAUACAGGCAUUAUUUUAAAGGGCUAGGCCAAUCUACACCUGAGAAACACCAAACUUUUCAUUCUUUAUCCAACAGAAAACACUACAGCCGGUCAUUUGGUACACAUUAAUUACUGAAGUACAACAAAACAUCAGAAUAUGUUGUGCAGAUGGUAAAAAAUAGCUUUGAUUACUGAAGUGCUGUCCAUCUAUGUGCUGUUCAGCUGGUGUUUUAAGUUUAAGUUGUUUUUUUGGUCAUCAACAGUUUAUGGUGAAGGUUGAUGUAUUUUUCCUCCCUGGGUCAAUGCACUGAACCUACUCUGCAGUAAGUAGUAAUGGAAUGGACUCCACUCAUGAUGUACCUGUUCCUCCAAACUUGUUCCAGGUACUUUGAGAGAUGCAAACACUAAUGAAUAGAAAUUCAACUUUUGCUUGAGGUUCACGUUGUGAUGGAUGCGUACAAUAUGAAGCUAUCUUUUACCUUUUUUUUUUUUUCCUGAUGUCGAUGCAUUACCUGAACACUUGUAUGUAGGACACUUUAAUAUAAUACAUUUGUUUUUGAUAAAACAGGUUAAAAAUAAACUUGUGUAGUGGUGUAUAAAAUCAAAGUAUUGUAUUACUUUGUAAUGUAUUUCUUGUUCGGUUGGUUGCUCUUUUUUUUUUUUUUUUUUUUUUUUUUUUAAAGCAUACCAAAUGUAAAUGAUGUACUAUAUUGAGUGUGCCAAUCCCUUUGAUUUGUAGAACCAGACUCUUUACAAGUGCCAAUGUUGUGGAAAUCAUUUAAAAAGGACUUGUGUAUUUUAUGGUCCUGUUUUUAAAACAUAAACAUUAAGUAUGUGAUUAUGGUAAAUAAUGCAACAGGAAAAGGACAAUUUUAUUCUGUAUUUAAGAUUAAAGAUGACAAACUGCUGUUUUUAAAAGAAAUUACAUUUAAAUUGCAUGUGUUUGUUUUUGGUGGAGAGGGUUGGGUAAAGGAGAAACCAUAUUAACGUGAAACCCUGCUGACAAGGGGCUUAAUUAUUGUUCAUUUACAGUAUUUUAGACAUAUUUCUCUUUUGUAUGUUUCAUUUCAACCACUGUUGCCUGAACCUCAUUCAUACAUGAAAAUGACUUUCAUAGCCUUCUCCUUUAAAGAAAAAAAAUAUCCAUUUUAAAUUGGAAUAAAAUUUGUUCCUAUACUUGUAGGUUUGUGCUGGGCUUCAUUUACAUCAUUGCUUUUAUGAAAGCUGAGCAAGACGUUGUCUAAUAGUUUGUCUUGAAGAGUCAAAGUUUCUUGAUGAAGGUGGACCGUGAUAACACAAUGUCUGCAAAACAGGGUUGUAACAUCUGAAAUUGUCUGGACUUCUCAAAGUCUGCAUUUUGACUAAUUUUGAAAACAUCAAAUGCUAGGCCUAUAUCUUAACUGGUUUAUUCUAUUUCACAGCACUGUUUACAUGGUAAUUCCCCUUAUAUACCAUUGUAA